AUGGACCCAAAGGACGAAACGAAAACCUCAACAUUUGACAGGUUAGAUGUUUUCUUCCAGACUCAGUCAUAUUUAAACAAAAAAAUGUUUUAAUAUCAAAGAAAGCUUUCUGUACGAUACACGUGACCACAAUAAAAGUGUUGGUAAAUUUUAAAACUAGGAAAUCACUGGGAGUGCAUUCAUGGACUGUUUCCUGUUUAAGGAAGAGGAAGACCUUUUGGUUUUAUAUCAAUUAUGAGACUAUUAGGAGGCUAUGGUUUACUAAUAAGUUCCAUAAAUAUUCCUUAAUGGGUUAUUGUGUUAAAUGCAUCAAAUUCAGUACAAUUUGAUUUUUAAAGUCAUUUAUCCUCAAACAGUUGUAGACUACUCAGGCUACUUUGUGUUUUCUUAUGUGGGCCAUUUUACCUUCAUCAUUAAGAUACUAAUUGUUCUUAAUAAGUCACAUUUAAUACACAUAUGUGGUAUAUAACAUGCAGCCUUCAAACCAACUGGUAUCAAAAUAUCUUUAAAUUAAAACUGAACAUUGAUAUGACUUUUUUAAAAGCAGAGUGUAACUCAGGAGGGCUUUUUGACUACUUAGUCUACUAUAAAAGCUGAAUGCAGGUACAGAUAUAUGGGGUUAAUAAGCACCAUUCGCACAUUGUUUUGGAAUGCUCUAGAACAAAUGGUCCAAAACAUUAUUCCAAAAAAAAAAAAAGAAAAAAGAAAUAUGUAUGCACUUAAUGAGAAAAAAAGUAACAAAUUAGAAAUUCAGUGUGGUUAUCAGGUCAGGACUGACUCUUUCAAUUCUCCUGUGCUCCCUUCAGUCCUGUUUGUGUGCAUAAUCCUCACCUGGAUUUGCUGAAAGAUGACAUCCUCUACCACUUCAGUUUAGGAACAGGAACACACAACCUACCAGCGAUGUUUGGCGAUGUCAAAGUAUUGAUCUUUUUAAGUCUUUCAUUAAAAAAUCCUUUGUUAUUGUAAUUUCAGAAGUUUACAAUAUUCAUUUUGUGUGUGUGUUUUCAGUUUGUGUGUGUUGGAGGAAGUCCCUGGAGAAUGAAAGCAUUCAUUAAGUACAUUGCUGCUGAGCUCGGUAUGGAGGAUCCCCAAUCAGACUACCCGAAUAUCUGUGCCGGGACAGACAGAUAUGCUAUGUACAAAGUUGGCCCUGUGCUCUCUGUCAGUGUAUGUAAGAACAAAAUCUUAUUCUUAAAUCAAAUGCUGUACAAAAUAUUACACUUAUCCUUACGGUGCACUUGAAAAACUGCAUAGAUAUGAAAAAAAUCUGACGUAUGUGAAUUUUAUCUUCCAGCAUGGAAUGGGUAUCCCGUCCAUCGCCAUAAUGUUACAUGAGCUAAUAAAGCUCCUCCACCAUGCACAUUGCACAGAUGUGACUAUUAUCCGUAUAGGGACCUCUGGUGGAAUAGGUAAGUUAAAUUGGACAUAUUUGCACUUUACCAAAGUUCCCUAUUUAUGCUCUGAUCAUUCAUCAAUCAAACAUGUGUAUACAAGAUGAUACUUGAUACUCUUUAAAUGAACUUAAUGAACCUGUUUAAAAGGAAUUUCUUGACCCGUGUAUAGCUCUUAGUGUUGUUUAAUGUCUUCACUGAAAGUUAAGUAAAUUCCUAGGGGAUAUUUCAGAGAGCAAGUUGAGUGAAAAGCUUUUAGUUUGGAAACCGUUAGUUGAGGGAAACUGUUUUAGUUCUAGUCACAUGGGCAGCUCUGACCUCUGGGUCUUUUUCAUAGAAAUAGCAUAAAAACACUGGCCUGUAUUCAUAUUUCCAGCUGAAUAUGUGAAAUAAGUCCUGCUCUGCCUUUUACUACUUACCAUACACAUGACUGAUUUAGUAUGACCUCCUCAAGCAUGAUCAAACUCACUCUAAACAGCUUCCCCUGAACAGCAAACUCAGAAUUUGCCUACCUCACCCAAAGAACCCAUAUUAUUCGUGUACCACAAGAGGGAGUCCAAGAUCCCUUAGAUUUUUGAGUCAUCUUUUUGUGUUUAGUUUUGAUAUGGCAGUGAUAAUUUUUUUUUUCUGUUUUCCACAUCCCAAAAGUUUUUUUUUCACCUUCUCAAAUUUAGGAUUGAAAUAAUUUGUAUGUUUGUGGCAAACAUUUGAAUUUACUGUCCAUAUGUGUAAUGACCACAUUGGUAAAUAGGAGGUCAAAAAAAUGCUCUCUUUGCCUAAAUUAAAAAGAGUAAACAUAAUGAUUGCCUUAUUUAAAGUGAAUAUCAGUAGAGUAUGCUAUCUCAUGCAUUUAGAUGUAUAUAUUUUUUAAUCUCGUAAUCCAUUUCUGUUUUUCAAGGGCUUAAACCUGGCACUGUAGUGGUCACUAAGCAAUCUGUCGAUGCCACCUUCCUGCCAAAGUUUGAACAGGUAAUCUUGGGAAAGACAGUGGUGCGCAACACAGAUCUGGACCAGUGCCUGGCUGAGGAGCUGUUACAGUGCAGCAAAGAGCUGAACCAGUUUGACACAGUGAUAGGCAACACCAUGUGUACUCUGGAUUUCUAUGAGGGUGAGUACUCUUAUGCUUUACAUUAUAUAUACAACAUGUUCAUGUGCUAUUGUUGCUAUCUUGCAGUAUUUCUUCCAUAUCUGAUUUUUUUACACCAGGACAAGCCCGUUUGGAUGGUGCAUUCUGCUCCUACUCUGAGAAGGAUAAACAAGACUACCUCAACAGAGCCGGUGAAGCAGGGGUUUGCAAUAUUGAAAUGGAGUCUUCGGUUUUUGCUGCCAUGUGCAAACUGAGUGGCCUCCGUGGUAAAUAAUACUGCAUUAAUGCUGCAUGCAUGUAAUACUACAAUAUAUCAAAGCCGACAAAGUUUCAGUGUCUCUAAUGCUCAUAUCUUUUUGUGCAAAGCGGCUGUGGUGUGUGUGACUCUACUGGACCGUCUGAAGGGGGAUCAGCUGAGCAGCUCCAGUGAAGUUCUUCACGAUUACCAACAGCGUCCUCAAGUACUGGUUGGCUGCUACAUUAAGAAGCAGCUGAAUGCCAAAGCAGUACGUAACUAA